AUGAUGGUUUCAGCCGCAUCAGCAGUUGCAAUGGCAAUCCGGCUUACCUACCUGAACUUAAAGGCAAACGAGGGAGUUUUGCCGUCCGACGCGGACUUAUUUCAACCCCUAGUGGACGAACCGGUGGAUGUCCCUGUGCUGCCUAACGUAACCUUCAAAUUCUCGCGGGACGGAGACACCUAUUUUGACUACUACGACUUCUACUUCUUCAGUCUGAAUCCGCGUGUUACUAUUGGGCCAUUCGAUCACGUUCAGGCGCCUUACGAUGAGAUUUUCCGACUCUCCUCCGUCGUGGUGUGGCCUUUGACACACCUCGUCGACGUGAUACCAAAGGUCUGGCCAAAUGGAAGCAACGGACCGAAAAGGAAUUACUGCCUACAGACAGGGUGUGAUGAAUAUAAUUAUGACGCCUUCGGUGCUGAGGAUUUGAUUGCCAUCAAUCUGACCCAUUGUGAAAAAAUAUCUCAGCACUUUAAUUAUCCGCGCAAACUUCAGGAUCGGCGCUAA